AUGUUUAAUAUUGAUAUUUUUCAGCCUGAAACAUUGAAAUUGCUACCACUGCUUGGCUGGUUAUCCAACAGUGACGGAGAAUAUUGUUAUUGCGAUACCGAAUCAUUACACGAAAUUGCUCAUCGACAAGGAGCAGCGCGCGAAUUCCGAAAAUUUUACAAUGAACUUGCAACAGUCAAAAAUAGACCACCUAAUCAACUUGAACAUUUUCUUAGUGUAAGUUGUCUAAACAUAAAUUAGUCCAUUGAUUCAUAUGACCAUUAUUAGUUCAAUCAGUCAAUAACAUAAGAAAACUUUUAACUGAUUGAAUUGUCAAAAGAACGAACACAAAAUCUAUUUUUCAGAAACAAAGGGACCACAAUCACCUCAUGAUUAUAAACUUGUUAACAUAUCAUAAAUUGAAUCAGAAUUAAAUUCAAUUGAAUGUUAGACUCUUUGUUGCCUCGUAAACGUAAAUAAAACAAUAUAUUUCUCUAUAAUAUUCAGAUUCUCUCAUAUCUUUGUUGAACAAAAGUGUUUUAAUCUGGACCUGUAAGAAAAAUAAUAAUUAGAUUAAUAGAUGUAUUUUAUCAUGAACUGACACGUUUUACUUAUUUAUUGUAAGAUUGCUAAAUUUAGCAGAUAAUGGAAGAGGCUUAGAGAUUUUCUUAACUAUAUAGGCUAUCUCAUACUUAAUAUGAUUUAGUAAUUUUAUUUAAUAUUCAGAGAUGUCAAACGUGUUUAUCUUAAUGAUAGACGUUCACUGCUUCAAGUGAAAAUAAUUCCUAGUACUAUAAUUAAAAAUGCAUGGUGAUAGAAUUACAAUAGAAGUUAGUUCGCUAGUCUUUUUCAGAUACUUCUUUUUCUGUAACUACGUAGGAAAGAAUUAAUUCAGUUUUAGUUAGUAAAUUGAAACAUUGAAAUGAUGUAUCUAUGAAAUAGCGAGAGUAUCUUCUCUGCGUAUGCGUAUUUUUUAAUGCAUGUUACAACUCCUUUUUGGAGUUUUUCAUUUUUUUUUUUUAUGGACCAAUUAUCAUAAAGACACACAAAAACUGAAGUGAAUUAACUGUUCGAAACAAGGAUAUAUUGCACUUAUAGAUAUGAAAAUAUUGUCUCUUAUAAUAGAAGUCGAAUCGAUUCGAAUCCAAAUUCAGAUUUUCUUAUUUAUUUCGGUCUCUAUAACAUGUUUUACGUCCGACGUCAUUGAACUUUUUCUAUUGAUUCAGCCUGGCACAGUUUUUCAAACGCACACAUUUAUUCACUAAAAGUUGAAGUUGUUCUGCAAAAAUCCAUAGAUUAUUGCAGCCGUUUUGAAAGAAAUCCUUUCGAGAUGGUUCUAAUAUGAUAAUGAAAAAUUUUCGUUUUUUCUCAUCGAUGUCCGACUAGACACGAUGUUGUCUCAUAAACUUGGAGCGAAAUCUUGAAAUGAAUAUCUCGAAGAUGGAAAUGUAAAAACUUGAUCUUGUAGAUUACCAAUUUAUUAUUAUUUCGAAACUUGUUGAAGAAUAACUGAGACGUCAAUCAUAAACUUGAAAAUAUUUGCAAGUCGUGCGAAGCGAACAUAUUUUAAUUGACUAUUGUUUCUAUUCUUCUGUUCGGCAUCAUUUUUCUACAGACGUUUAGAUCAAAUGUUUUUCCUUACUAGUCGAGAUCUGUAUGGGCUGAAAGUAGACGUUCCAUAUUUGCUCGAAACUGUUCUUCGACAAUAAACUUUCGUAAUUGUUUUUGUUUUGAAGUAAAAAAGUCGCUAGGAAUUUUCCUAUUUAUAAAAGGAAAAGUUUUUAUGAGGAACUAUUCUGUGAAAAAUAUAUGUAUGGAAUCUUUUAAGCUUUUUCAAAAAGAAAAGAAAAGAACAACACUAGCUGAAAGUGCUGAUAUUAUCAAAGAAACAGUGGUCGGAGUUUUCAAAAAGUAAAUAUGUUUAGCAGUUCGGCGCCAAAUGUGCCCAUUUUAGGAACAAUUGGUCAUAUAGAAGGUUUUCAGAAAAAAGAGCGAUGAUAUAAGAAAGAACUGGAGAAAUUUAAAAAAGUUAACUACGUCUAAGUUUUCUCGGUAUGGGGCGCUACUUCAAAUGACUAUUUUUAAUUAUUAGAAGUUGAUCUGCUUCAUUCAUUGUCCUAUUGAGACAGGAAGCUUAUGAAAACGAUCUAUCAAUGAUGUUUUCUUUAAGUAUAAAACUCAGUAUCUUUCUUUUCUUACAUGAAUAUGAAUUUUUUCUUCGAAAUAUCGGAUAACAUUUUCAACACACAACAAUGAGGAAAUAAAAGAAAGUGUGAGUAUUAUAUGGAUAACUCAAGUGCAUGUUUUGACCAAGAAAAACUCUACCGAUAAAACGAGAACAAAAACUGAACAAAGUUAAUAUAAAUACGAGCAAGUUUGAUUGAUUUCAUGACCUAAGAACUAGAAAGUGUUCACGUCGUUUCUAUCGUGUUGACAACUGACUUAAAAUUCGUACGAAAAAGAAAAAACUCUUGACUAGUGAUGGGACUGAGAAUGCAAUCGAUGACAAUAUCUUGCUAGUAUUGAUGCAUAUAUGUUAUUGAGUCAAUUGAAGUUGAAUUGAAAUAUCUGGGCAUUAAGUAGAAGCGCGGUAAUAUUGACAAAACAGUCUUCUCUUCGAUUUGUAUUUAUAUUAUUAAAUAGACUUCUUCUUCACAUUAAAAUUUUCUGGUUAAAAUCCAAGAACAGGUGAUCGUAAUCCUGAUAUGACAAUUCUCAGGAAUAUCGAUUAUCAAUAAUCUUAGCUUUUUAUGACCCCCAACUUUCUUAAACAGGAAUAGCAGACCAAAUGCAUAUCAUUUCGCAAUGUAGACAUUCAAGUUAGAGAGAAACCUUACCGAUAAGAAGAAUAAGAAGGUUCAACAAUCAUUUGUUUGUUCUUUUUAAUAUCAAAAUCAAUUUUCGAAGCACUUUAAAGAAAAGAUAACGAAACAAAUUCAAAGUAGAAGACACUUGUACAUGCUACAAUUGUAAGUUCAUUUUGAAAUUUUUCUCAGCACAUUUUCUAUUGUUUUUCACUUCAUACUUUCUUCUGUCUGUUAUCAAGAAUAUUGACUGUUGAUCGUUUCUACUAGCAUAGAGCAGAUCUCAAUAUUCUGAACACUAAUUCAUUGAAUUGAGCUUAUACCAGAGAACCUAGGCAAAGUAUGCAUAAUUAUCACAGAUAUAUCAAAUUCAAUGGCACCCACCUCAUGUAAUGAUCUGUUUAAAACACGUUUCGUUGUCAAAAGAUAUACCUAUUCACAAAAAUUUAUCAAUCAAAACUUCUAGAGAGUUAUUGUAAUUCGUUUUUACUUAACUUCUAAUAUGCAGAGAGAGCCAAAUAAUAAUGAUGUACCUCUCUACCAUGAAAAAUAUUUCUAACAAAAAACCAUAGGUGUUACAGCUUUCUUCUCGCUCGAAUCGAAAUUCUUAGAAAAUAUUUCUUUGUCUGGUAAGAAGCUCAAUCGGUGAUGUACGUUGAUGCGAAUGCUUCUAUCAGAGUGUGACACUUAAAAGAAAUUUCAUCGCUUACAAAAGUAAAGAAGCUUUAACAAUUACAGUCCUUCAACGUAAAGGAUACUUGGUUGAAUUCGACGAGAGUUUUGCA